AUGUCCCUGAUAUCCAGUUUGCCUAUGAACUGGGUACUUUCGAAGCCACUUGCUAUCCUUCCAAGAUGGAGUAUUUUAGUUCCUUCUUUUCUAGGGCGUCAUACUGAAGUUAAACACCUAGAAGAUAUCCUAAAGAAACCCAGUGAAAGCGCUCCUUCGCUUUGCGAUUUCUUUUCUAAUAAUGGGAUACUGUUAGCUGUUCCUAAGAAGAAGGUUUCCCAUCAGAAAAAGAGGCAAAAACUGUAUGCACCAGCAAGAAAGCAAUUGAAAAUGAUACAUCACCUGAAUCAGUGUCCUUCUUGUGGUCAUUAUAAAAGGGCAAACACUCUUUGCAUGCAUUGCGUAGGUGAAAUUCGCCAUAUAUGGAAAACGCAUACGGCAAAGGAGGUGCUGGAACCCCCUCAAGAACAAAACAUGUCUGACUUAGACAAGCGUAUUUUGUAUCCUGGAAAGAAAGAUACAGAAUAUAUGAAAAAGCUGAAGGAUAAGGACACUUACUUAGAACGCCGUAUGAAACCUUUGCCAGUUGAGAAGAAGAAUUAA